AUGAGCUUCACUGGCUCCAUAAGCCCAGAGUUUGGCCUCUUUCCUUACAGUCAAGGAAAUUCAAGCUGGAUAUCUUUCGUCGAAAAUCCUCCAAAGUCAUUUGUUUGUUACACAUCUGCAGGGCAAGUCGCGGGACGCACUUCUUUUAACCAAGGCACAAUUUCCGCAGUGUGUGGUGCUGGGGAGGCACUUGUGGCUUUGCUCGUCACCACUGGUCAUAUCAGGUUUGUUGACCUGACAACCGGCAAAGCUGCCGGCAAAUCCACCAAACUGCCAGAUAUUCCCCGUGCUGACAGACCACCAACAUUUUUUAUCAACCAAACACAACCACGGCAAGUGGUUGUCAUGAGACAAGUGCGUCCAGGCGCUGAUGUGCACUUUUGGAUUUGUGAACUCGAUGAGCUGAACAAUAUCAAUACAGGAGGGCGGCGAACCCUGAAGAUCGGAGCUGUGGCACAGUCCUUGGGGGCAUUCAAUGACUUGGAAUCUAUUUCUGCAGGCUCCGUCAGUGGCGAGCUGAUUUUGUGCUGGAAAGAGGAGCCAUUGACCAAUGGCUUCCUGAAUGGGAAGAGCCAUGGCUCACAUCCACCCGCAAAGAAGUUUUGUGCAGCAGAGGUGCUUGGCAAAGAGCCAAAGGCUCGAAGACUAGGAGCAUUUGCAGAUGCUGCCAUUCAAAGCUGGCACAGCAUUGGGACAUACUUCGUUGAGUUUUGGAGUCAAGAAUCUGAUAGUGCGGAAGCAGAAUCAGCAGGUACCAUGAAGUUUAGACUCCGAGAUUCCAAGUUUGGUAUGUUUGUGGGAGCUGGCGAUGCGACUUUGGCAAAAGCACCACGUGGCAAGCUGUUAGUCGCCGCUUCUGAGAGAUUUUCAGUGGCUUCUACCAACGGCUGUUUUGUAGGAAUUCGUUGGACCCUCCCAUCCUAUGCCUUGCAACGAUCCAUCGGGCAGGGCCACCAGGACACGCAGAACACCGAGGGACUUCCUGACGUCAACUCUGUCAAUACAGCUUUCAUCGCAAAUCUGAUCCAACUCUGUCAGGGACCACGCACAAAGGAUGUGAAAUUUUUGAAACAAAAGCUGAAGCCGGAAAAUCUUCAGUUCACUCUGCGGACUCUGGUUGGCUGGCUUGCGUUUCGGAGAGAUUUGUCGGCAAAUGUUAUCCGUUCCAGCGCACCAGGCAUACCAGCAACCCAGCAGAUUGUGCGCUUUUUGUCGGUGCUCGCAGAUGCAUUUUUGCAAAGCAUUGUGCAGUUGCCCACUGAUGAUGUUCAGAAGGUCAUUGAACGAUUGGUGACGGCGCAGAAGGAAGUCCUUUGCAAUGAGAGACUCCUUAGCAGAGCCACAGCAGCGUGCUGUGAGAGACCACACAAAAUCCCAAAGUCAAAGAGAGCUCGAGCAUGUGAUGAUGGCAAUUUGGCGCAAGGUGAUGGGUGUGACGAAAAUUGCAGUGUGGAGGCAGGAUGGAUUUGCUGCGACCCGGCCCCUGGCACAACAGGUUCACGAUGUUCCGUUGGCCUCCCCGUUGAUCGGGAUUCAAUCUGUGGAGUAACCUGUGGCAAUGGGCAGCGGGACAAUGGAGAAGCGUGCGAUGAUGGAAAUCUGAUUGCAGCAGAUGGAUGUAGCCCAGGAUGUGAGGUUGAAGCUGGUUUCGUUUGCAUGCCCAUGGGUCAACAAAGACCAGGCCGGAAGAUACCCGAUUUUUGCGAGGCAAUUUGUGGCGAUGGCCUCCUGGUUGUGGGUGAGGAGUGUGACGAUGGAAAUCAGGUAAGUGGCGAUGGCUGUGGUCCCACCUGCAAGAUCGAACAAAGCGGCACUGCCUGUCCUCAGCUCUCUGAUUCAAACGGAGCAGUCUGUCGACCAACAUGUGGAGAUGGUAUCCGCGGACCCGGAGAGGAGUGUGAUGAUGCAAACUCCUUCAGCGGAGAUGGCUGCUCAAAGGAUUGCUUGGUGGAGAGGGGAUUCUUCUGCUCUGGCGGUGGAAUGCGCUCGAGGGACACGUGUUGGCCGAUUUGUGGAGAUGGCCUUCGAGUGGAUCGGGCCUUCUCAGCGACAUUAGGAGCAGAUAAGCUGGAGGGCUGUGACACUGGUGCGAUCCCAUCCAGAGGAUGCGAUGCUGCCACGUGUCAAGUACGACCAGGUUGGACAUGUGCAAGGCCAUCAGGUCCUGGCGCAGAGGUUUGCAGUCCUGUUUGCGGGGACGGAAUUGUCAUCUCGCCCAUGGAAGAGUGUGACGACAACAACAACUUGCCCGGUGAUGGGUGCAGUCCAGACUGCAAGGUUGAAGCACUCUACGAGUGUUCCUACAGCAGUUUCUUUCUGCGUUCGGUUUGCCAAAUUCGAUGUGGAGAUGGUCGAAAACAUCCAUCAGAGGCUUGUGAUGAUGGCAACAACUGGGAUCAGGAUGGCUGUUCCUCCGACUGUCAACUCGAACCUGGCUUUGAAUGCCUUGGUGGGACCUUGACUUCACCGUCUGAAUGCAAGCCGAUCUGUGGCGAUGGCUUCGAGGUUCACGGAGAAGGCUGCGACGAUGGAAAUCUCGUCCCCUGGGAUGGCUGCAACCAGUUUUGCCAGGUGGAGGACGGCUACCACUGCACUCGAGCUCCUUCUCCAGGAGGUCAAGGCUGGUCUCAGAACAAAAUCUGUCGUAGCUAUGAAAAGCGUAGUGUGAAGCUGAAUUAUCUCAAAAUUAAGAAAAGUGACUGA